CGGGUGAAAUUCAUCCUUGGUCCAAGCUCGAUCACGCCGGCGGAUCGCGAGCGCGUAAGGACAAAAGCGGCUACGGUAGCAAGAUGGCGGCCCACGGAUCGGUAGGCGCGUCCGCGAAUGCAGUUGGCUCGCUCAGCGACCAAUCAGGGACGCGGCUGAACCGCGUCCGUGCGGUUACGCGGCCACGCCAGCUGCCACGCCGCCGCGAGUCGGCGCGUCACGGACGUGGCCCAGCAAUUGAAAUGCGGCUCGCCGCCGGCCGCCAGUUGCCCGUCGACUUGUGCCCCGUGCGGUCUUCUCCACGUGCUUUUUUUUUCUCUCUCUCUCUACCUCUUCUCACCCCCUCCGAUUCCUUUGCUCGUGUUUGGAAACGCGUACACACGCGUUCCCUCGUCACGGCGACGAAAAGGUGAACGGGGGAAGGGGUCGAAUCCGCGUUUUAAAUACUUGUGGUUCGAGUGCCGUUUCUGUUCCGUUUUCGUGAUUCUGGAAACUUUUGGAGUAUAUUGGGUUUUAGGGCGAAUGGAAGAUCUUGGUUGGAACGAAACUGUGAUUCGGAGUGAGGAAGUGGAGGUUUUUGGAGAGGAAGAUCUUUUGGAGGGAAGGUGAACGUUUGUGGAGGAGGAGAGGAGUAAGAUUGGAGAACUUGGAUUUUGUGAUUUAACGGAAAGUUUUCUUUGAGAUACUAAAAGGUGAAAUUGAAAUUUUACAAAGUGAUGAAAUUGGGACUUCGUGUUCGAGGAACUGGAAUCAAUUAUAUAACUGCUGUCUUUGAAAGGAAGAAUACGAGAAUUUAGUCUGAAUUGAUAUAUAGAAUUGUUAAAUUUCUGUGCUAUUUGAAGAUUUUUAAACUAAGUAAUCAAGAAAAGUUAAAUAUAUAUGAUGAUCAAUUUAAAAUAUUCUAUGAACUUGAAUGUCAUGGUAUUCGUAACCAGUAAGUUCAGUGUAUCAAAAAAUAUACAUUUACAUGAAUUUUAAAAUCGAUAUCUGGUAAGAAAAUUAAAAUAAUACAUAUAUUAUAGUGCAAACGAGAAGAUAUAUUUGUUAGGAAUAAGUAAUUUCACAGUAAUGAAAAUAUUUUCACGAUGGACUUAUUGAUGCACGUAUAAAAAGCUUUUAAUGUACGCAUGAUUAUAGAACUGGCUGUUACAAAAUAACGGUACACUGUGUUAUUUAAAUAAUUCAAUUUUAAUGAAAUUUUUGCACCGAGAAGCCUCGUUAGAAUUCAUUAAUUCACUUUUAAUGGAGCAAUAAAUAUUCAUAUCGAAUUUUAUAAUCAUAAAACCACUUCAAACCGAUUCUAUAUCAUUAUUAAAAUAUAAUUGGAUAUUAACUAUUAAGAAACAAUUGUAUAGAAUAUCGAACAAAUCUGAAAAAAAUAUUACUUGCUAUCAUCUGAUAUUACGUAAUUCAGAAGAUUCAGAACAUAUCGGAGGAAGGAAUUGUAACAAUCGUCGAAUCAUGAAACGAUAGAUCGUUUAUUGUCGCGAAAUUUCGAAAAAGAGAGAGAAAGAGAGAGAGAGAGAGAGAGAGAGAGAGAUGGAUUCCAACGUAGAGGAAACGGAAUUGGAUGUCGGAUCAGCGACCGACGAACUCGAAUCUUCGAUCGGAGAAUCGAAAUUGCAACGGCGACCAACGCCGAAACCUUUCACGAUCGAGAGUUUGAUCGGUAAUUGCGGCACACAGAAGGGAAGCUGCGAUUCAGGGAAUCAAGGAGAGAGAAUAAACGAAAACGAAGAAGAUUCUGAUCGAGAUAGGGAAUAUCUUUAUCAGAGACACUAUUUGGCGACCGCGGCUGCCAGUGCACUUCCUCCUGGUUUCGGAGUGCCGCUCGGUUUGUACGGUGCAUGGCUACCGAUGCGGAUGUACGGCAGCGGCGGGACUUCCGGUGUCCCAAUGUUACCAGCGCAUACCUCCGCCAGUUAUCCGUCUCAUCAGGAUCUUUAUCAGAAUCGGUUGUCGCAACAUCUCGGUCCAGGGACGAAUCACCUUCAAGGCGCGGCUUAUCCGACCUCUUGUCACCGUGGUUCAAAUCAUCGUGGCUCGACCAGUUUCACAGACAGCGAGGACGAUGGUAGUAUCGAUUCACCGGCAUCACCUGCUCACGAUCUUUCUAAAUCGAGACACGGUUCAGAGAAUGGUCGCGCCUCAGCGGACAGCGAGGACGAAGGUGGAGGACUAAGCGUGACCGGGGAGGGCCACGAUGCGACCGACACGAUGUCCAGCAACGCGUCGAGCAACGUGAGCCCCGGUGGAUCCCUGGAAAAUGGGCAAGGCACGUCCACAAGCGGAUCCAGCAGCAACAAGGCCAGGCGAAGGCGAACAGCCUUCACCUCUGAACAAUUAUUGGAAUUGGAACGAGAAUUCCACGCGAAGAAAUACCUCAGCCUCACCGAGAGAUCUCACAUCGCCCACGCGUUGAAAUUGUCUGAGGUCCAGGUGAAAAUCUGGUUUCAAAAUCGGAGAGCCAAGUGGAAAAGAGUGAAGGCAGGGUUGAGCGGCGGUGGUGUCGGAUCCGGGGCGAACAGCCUGGCGACACCUGGUGCCUCGAACAGGCAUAACGGUGCUGCCGGCCAACAUUCUGGGAAUGGUACCAGGAUCGUCGUUCCGAUUCCUGUUCACGUUAGCAGACUGGCGGUCAGAUCUCACCACCAUCACUUGGAGAAGUGUGCCAGGCCACCGAGGGUCAGGCCAACCGCCGAGAAUCCCAGUUCCAGCGCAUCCUCGUCCGUUCUAGGAGAUGCUCUCGGAUUGGUCAAUUCGUCCAUUAAUCUGAGUGGCCAGGUCCAGAGUCCUUUAAGCAGCGGAGUUGGAAUCGGUGUCGGUGUUGGACUGAGAGCUUUCACCGUUCCCUCUCAUCGCGGUGGACUUAGCUCUUCCGGCAGGUAGUGAAAGCUAAGAAGUGAAUUGUGUUGAUAUUAAUUGGAGAUGAGAAUCGCGUAAGAUUUUUUUUUUUGGUUAUUUAACGAGGAGGGAUGUCGGAAAGAUUGACAGGAACGUUGAUUUGAAAUGAAUGAGUGAAGAUUGUCGAUGAAUCACCAGUUGUAUAGUGAUCUGGAUAUUACUCUGAGAGGAUGAAUCACGAGGAAGAAUAUCUUUGAACGAUGGAAAAGUAAAAAGAGAGAAUCGUGCAAGUGAUUUAUUAUGCUGACUCGAAUAACGAAAUUCUUGGGAAUCUGUGAUGCCUUCGAUUUCAACGGUAUUAUCUCUUCCAUCGUUCGAUUCUUUCUACCUCCUCGUGAUCCAUCGAAAUUAUUCCAAAAUCGUCCAAUAUUUUCUACCACGAUCGAGAUCAAUUUGUAAAUAAGUGUAACCCACCCUUGAUGAAAAAUGAUUGUGUAAAUAGCUUUCGCACACAACGUACUAUCUGGACGCUAUAUUCUCCCGAACAGGGGUCGUAGGUUGUACUUGUAAGAUAAUUUCCUUAUACGUUUAAGCGAGUUUUUGCUCCAAAACUAGUGGUGGCACGAUGAAUCGAUCGAGCGUGCAGCUGUAUCACGUGGAGCGGAAGAACGGCGAAAGUGUAUAUCGAGAAGGCAAUAAAAAACGUGCGAAUAUCAUGUGAAAUAUCGUGUUCCUGUGAAUGCAUACCAUAUCAUUGAUCCCCAGCUUUAUGGCGUCAACGAUAUUAUAAUAAGUAUCUUCAAAGACGCUUGUAAUAUGAUGACUUUUCGAAAGUUAUAUAUAUAAAUUCCUUAAAAUUCUUUAAAAAUUAUUAACGACUCGUUCUGCUAAUAAAAUAACACCUUGUAUUUCAAUUGAAAUUCAACGAAAAACUCAAGAACUUUCUCGAUCCAAUUUUUCUAAUACAAUAGAAAACAAAACUUCGUUCACAACAUAUUGCUCAGACAUGUUUGAUAAAUAUCUUCUUUCUUGCAAGAAGAAAGAAGAAAGAAAAUCACUUUUAUUCGUGAACGAAGAAUCGACGAGGAAAGAAGCUACAUCUGCCAAAUUCUUCAAGAAAUUCUUUUCAACCUUGGGGCAAAUUAGCUGGCACAAUGCGCCAAUGCAUAUCGACGAGCGGUUAGGUUGCACGGCUGAAAGUGGCAUAUGGGGUCACGCCUACGAGGCGUUCAAGGGAGGUGUGCAUGGGGCCAGAUUUUUUCCAUGCUCUCUCCACGAAGCACGCGCCGUAGUCUGCGAAAAUACCUACCCCGCCUGUGGUGUGCAGCCUGCAAUUUUCCACGUCAAGGUGGAUCCCAUGGGAGACACCGAUCUCGUUUGGGAGCCGACAAAAGGGAACCCCUUCGAGAAAUCUGACUCGACGUAAUUGUCAAAACAACUCGAAAAUCGAUUACGGUUAGCGAUUGGGGUAA